AUGUUGUCACGAUCUAUCGCUCGUUUGCAGAGCCCGGGUGCAAGGGCUGGUGCUGCGACACUGCGCAACACGUCAUUGAAGUCGACUUCAACAGUAUGGGGUCGGUCUAUGGCAAGCAACAACAAGAAUAAUCAUGGCGGGAAUAAACCAUUAAACUUCCAGUCAAAAUCUGGAGCUCCUCCAUCAUCGCGCCCGACUGGUGGUUCCGGGGGGUUUUCUGCUCCGCAGCCUUCACAAAGUAACAACCAGUCUCGGAGACCAGAUCUGUCAAAAAGGCAACCGGAAGCUGGUCAAUCUGCUACCACGGCACGAAAUGCUACGUCAAAACCUUCAGAUACCAGUGCAGCAAGUCGCAAUCCUGCUUCAACAGAAGGGAGGGAUCCAGCGAUAUCUGGGAAGGAAAGCGAACUUGACACGCCGGCGUCGCCGUCCGACAACACAGCACCACAAUCCUCCCCUCCAUCUGCCACCGACCCUGGAGCAACCCAGACUCGAAACAGACCUCUUCCAGACCUUACCCAAGGCAUUCCUUCCACCCUCGAAUACGAAACUGCUGGGAGUACUACUGAUGGUCGGCCUCCGCCUUCAUUAAAUUUGACAGAAUCCCCAGAGCCAGAUGCGUCCGGCGGGGGACGGGGCCGUGGGGAGCUUCCAGCUUCGGCAUAUAUCUCAUCUACCGAGAGGAAGCGAAACCGUGUUGCAAAUUUCAUGUAUGCCACGUUCGCCGGGCUAUCAGUUGGAGCAACUAUAUAUCUUGGCAGGAACUGGGAGUCGGAAGAGGAAGAGGAACGACAUAAGGACGCCCCUUCAGGAUGGUCGCUCACGCUAAUGUGGAAACGUGCAAAAGCCCGUCUCGGUGAUCAAAUCAAUUACUACAACGAACCCGCAUUCCCAAAACUCUUGCCCGAUCCGGACCCAAUGUUCGAACGGCCGUACACCUUGGUUUUGAGUUUGGAGGAUAUGUUGAUCCACAGCGAAUGGACCCGAGAACAUGGAUGGAGAAUGGCAAAACGACCUGGAGUUGACUAUUUCCUGCGCUAUCUUAGCCAGUAUUAUGAGCUAGUGAUUUUCACAUCGCAGCCGUGGGCAGUUGCUGAGCCAAUUCUUCGCAAGCUAGAUCCGUAUCACAUGGUCAUGUGGCCUUUGUUCCGAGAGGCCACCCUCUACGAGAAUGGAGAAUAUGUGAAGGAAUUAUCAUAUCUCAACCGAGAUCUAUCCAAAGUUAUAGUAAUCGAUACCAAGCCGAGCCACGUCCAAAAACAACCCGAGAAUGCCAUCAUCCUGGAACCAUGGAAGGGGCAAGUUGGUGACACAGACCUUGUAGCGCUGAUCCCUUUCCUUGAAUAUAUUCACACCAUGACCUAUAGCGAUGUGCGAAAAGUCCUUGAGUCCUUCAAAGGCACUCACAUCCCCACUGAAUUCGCCAAGCGUGAGGCUCUUGCACGGAAAAAGUUCGAACAAGAAUUAGAAAUAGAGCGGAAGAAGCGCCCCAAGCACUCUGGCGCCGGCUUCUUAGCCAAUGCAUUGGGAAUCAAGUCUCAGUCUAUGAUGAUGACGGACCCCAACGAAAUAACGCCAGCUGAAGCCUUUGCACAAGGCAAGAUGAUCCAGGACAUUGCAAGGGAAAGAGGACAGCGGAAUUACGAGUUACUCGACAAGGAAAUCCGCGAAAAUGGAGAGAAGUGGCUGAAGGAGGAAGCGCUAAAUGAGGAGAAGGCUAAAGAGGAAGGCAUGAAAGCUAUGAAAUCUGGUUUCAUGGGCUUCUUUGGCGGCAGUGGGGAAGGGAAAUAA